CACUCUUAAGGGGGAGAGAGAGGAACAGAGAGAGAGAGAGAGAGGAGGGACACCGAGCAGCACAGAGAGCCAGUUUGUUUUCAGCUCCCAGUUCACUGUAGCUCCUCUGCCAGACAGGACUCACCCAUCCACCAUCACACACAUUCCCCUCUCACUGCACGACAGCUGACAACACCUUUUCAUUUUCUCGGCAGCACCACACACUCACACAGCCUGAUUCGAGAGAGAGAGAGAGAGAGAGAGAGAGAGAGAGAGAACAAACAGGCUCCAUUUGUGCUGCUCACAUGCAGAAGCACCAGCUCUGAGGAGGCUGGUCCAAGGCUGGAGACGCUGACUCGAGAAUGGAAUGGAACUUCGGAAGGAUGGAGAGUGAACUGAGGCACAUCAACCCAGACCUGCUGCAGCCCAGCAAGAGCUUCAAGAAGCCCUCCUCAGGCACCAUCACCCUCAAUGUUGGGGGGUUCCUUUACACUGCCCACCGCACCACCCUCGCCAAGCACCAGGGAUCCUUUCUGGAAGAGUUGGCCAAUGGCAAGAAGGCAGUUCAGCACACUGACUCCAUGGGUAAUCCAUUCAUCGAUAGAGAUGGUCCAGUUUUUCGCCAUGUGCUCAACUACUUGCGAACUGGUGACCUCCAGCUACCUGAUGACUUCCGGGAGGCGGGGCUCCUGCGGCGGGAGGCCAACUUUUACCAUCUGAGUGAGCUCGUGGAGGCCGUGGUUGACUGGGAGAGCCAGAGGGCGGCCCAGAAAGAACCCGCCUUUUUGGAGGUGACGGACAGCCACGAGAGGUCGCAGGGCCUCAAGGUGUACUGCAGCGACCCCACCUUCAUCGACAAGGUGAAGGGGCGGCUGGUGCAGAUCUCCAAGAGCCGCCUGGACGGCUUCCCUGAGGAGUUUGUGGUGUCGUCCAAUGUGAUCCAGUUCCGGCACUUCAUCAAAUCGGAGCCCGGCUCUCGGCUCGUCCUGAAGGAGGACAGCACAUUCUUGUGCACGCUUGACUGUCUGAAACUGGAGACGGUGAUGCUGGCACUGAGAUCGGGCUUCAAACUGGUCACCAGUCUCGACAGCAGCAAAGGAUCAGUGGUGGCGGCUGAGGCCCUUCACUUUGUCAAGUAGGCACGGAGGCAAACAGAGAGAGGAGAAGAAGCAGUGGAGAAAGAGUAGUGCCUGAUUCCAAUCCACCCUGCUAAUGUAAGGUAUUGGCUUGAAGGUUGUGUUAUGUGUCAUGGUUGGGAGGAGAACAGGCGGACGGGACUGUAUCACAGGACCAACCUUUGCACUGCUUUGUAAGCUAGUAUGUAUAGAAUUUAGAGCUACUCAGCAUUAAUGCUAUCUAAAUUGGAUGUGGCGAGAUAUCAUUCCCGCAAGCACCGCUCUGUGAUCUAGAAGAAAAGCUUCCACGGAGAGGACAAAAGGAUCAACCAUCAACAGCUUUAUCAGUGGAUUCAUCUCUGCACAAUAACUGCUUCUGCCGUGAUGUGCACUGUGGUGCCAUUCAGCUUUUACUACAGUCUGCGCGUGCGUGUGCGUGUGUGUUGCUAUACCCUGUGUGAGCUGUGUUUAGUUGGUUUAAUAGCUUGUGUUUAGUUUAUUAGCCUGAUGGAGCAUGAUGGGAAAACCACAGAGCUCCGUGGUCGUCCUGGAUGGACGAACCAACCUCACAUCCAAAAUCAGACUGAAGCGAUGUGAACGGUUUCACACAAUGUGUUGACAAGUUGAAUUCAAGUGCAAAGAAGCGUGAUUAUUGUAAGGGCUUUGAAUCUAGCAUGAUGCAUGUGCACUGAAUGAACUGUGUGUGUGUUAAGUGCUGUGAGCCUCUGUGAAUCCGGUGCCACAACAAUGUCUGUGAAUAUUUUACCAAUAAAAGUGACG